UCAAUGUCAAAAAAAUCUGUCUAACUGUCAUAGUUCCGAAUUUUAUGUAAUCCCAAAUAAACUUUCAAAAUUUUCCCAAAAAUAAACCCUUUUCCCUGUUUAGUUUCAAAUAAUAUAAACAGUAGCUAACCGCCCUUAUUAUGGGAACCGUUCACGCUAAGGCAGAUCACGGGGAGGUGGGGGGUGGUCUGUUUGAAUUUGAAGAGCCAGUCGACCUGGACGAUGAGCGUACACUACCCAAACCCUCCAUCCAGCUGGGUGGAGUCAGGGCCCGUGUAGACAGAGUUCAUGUGGACGGGCUCAGCCGAACUAAAGACGAUGUGGUGCGAGGCACUGUCAAUGACCUGUUCCUCGCUACGGACUUUGAAGAUGUCAUCUUGAGAGCUCAUAAGGUCCGUCGCGCGCUGGACUCCAUGGGGUGCUUCCGUGACAUCGGAGUGCUGAUCGACGUGUCUUCAGGACCGGACGCCACGCCAGAAGGACUUGAGGUAACAUUUCAAGUGAAAGAGCUUUCGAGGAUCGUCGGAGGAAUCAACACCACCGUCAGCGAAAAUGAAGGAAACCUUGUUAUAGGUGUGAAAAUGCCGAACGUGCUCGGCCGAGGCGAGCGUUUGCACGCGGAGUACAGCGUGGGGCACCGCAGCACCAGCAACUUCAGUAUUGCGGCUACCAAACCCUUCCCGAGGACGCCACUGGUGCCUGUGCUCACCACCUCCAUCUUCCAACAAAACCACGAGUACCCGUGGUCCGGCUACCGACUGCUCGACCGCGGGGUGCUACUGGAUGUGGCCUUCAAGACUUCACCGCGAACGACGCACAACCUCCAAUGGGAGGGCCUGGUGCGCGACACGUCGGUGCUCAGCAAGACCACCAGCUUCAAGGUGCGCGAGAGCAGCGGUCCUCAAAUGAAGUCGGCGCUGCGCCACAUCGUGACGGUGGACAACCGCGACGAGCCCAUCUUCCCGCAGCGAGGGACGCGGGUUCAGUUCUCCAGUGAAGUGUCUGGCCUUGGCGGUGGUGUGGCGUUCCUGAAAAGUGAACUCCUGGGAGAGGCCAACGUACCGCUCGCUGAAAACAUCGUGUUCCAAGUAUCCGGCGCUUUAGGCGUCCUCCACGACAUGUUCGGCACAGAACUGACGGAGCACUUCUACCUCGGCGGCGCGACCACGCUGCGCGGGUUCCGGCAGCGCGGCGCCGGCCCGCACUCGGACAAUCAAGCCACUGGGGGACGCAUGUACUGGGCGUCGGGCGUACAUCUCUACACUCCGCUGCCGUUCCGCCCCGGCGCCGGCGGGCUUGGCGACCUGUUCCGCUCGCACCUGUUCGCUAAUGCGGGCUGUCUCGCUGGACCCGAAGAAUCGUCGGCAAUGUCUCUGUCUUCCCUGAGCCAAGUGAGGGUGUCUAUUGGAGCCGGCAUCGCGCUCAGACUUGGAAGGGUCGCCAAGGCGGAGUUAAACUACUGCGUGCCGAUCCGCGCGUGCGCGGGCGACGCGACGGCGCCGGGCCUGCAGCUGGGCGUCGGGGCGCACUUCUUGUAGAUACUGGUAACACCGAUUGUUGUUUGAAGAAAAAGACUUAAGUUCUACGAAUUUAAACUGCCAUCCGAACAUCAGAAGCAGACGUAUAAGCCCUGUAAUGCAACUGUACAUAUUUGGAAUACUGUUUGAUUUGAAACAGAGAGAAAAAGUUUAGUUUUCUUUAUUACAAUAAGUAAAAACUCUCAAUAUUUUCUGAAAGAUUAAAAAAUUGAAUAUAAUUCGGAUUUUUUCAAGUCGAUAAAUAUCCUCAAUUAUUGAAUUCUGUUUUUAUUUUAUAACAUAAUGAAAAAAAUGGUUAUAACUGUAACAAUCUAAGGGCUUGAACACAAAAUUAAAAGUCGCUAUUAAAUUAAAUCACUUCUAGGAAUGCAACCUAAAGUAUUUAAAUUAUUAUUCUUGAACUUGUUUCGAGAGAACAUACCUAAAUUGCUGUAUAACUGAUAUGUCUUAAAAAUAGUUAUAUGUAGUUGUUAAAUAAAAUAUUGUUUUAUUUAUAA